UGUGUGUUCAAGUAUAAGUGUGUAUGUUUGUGCAAGUCUGUGUGUGUAUGUGUGUGUGUCUGUCUGUCCAAUGACACACUACCUGACCUCUCAGGUUUCAGUCAGAGGCAGGCGCAGUAAGAGCAAAGAGAGAGUGUCACACAGUCAGACAGACAAGACAGACAGGUAGUCCAACAGACAGACACACACACACACACACACACAGACAUAGAGUGACAUGCCGUGGAGGCUCUGAUGUUUACUGGAAUCAUUUUGGAAUAAACAACAGAAAAAGGAGGAGGUUGCUAGGUGACAGUGGAAUUCGGGCAGCGCUGCAUAAUGCAAGGAUGGCGCCUCUGCUGCCCCCUGCUGGUUCUGAUGUCUUCAAACGCUUCACACCAGCCACGCUGGAUGAAAUCCAACGCCGACAUGAAGCCGAGGAGAAGGAGCGUCAGAGGAGGAAGGAGAAGAAUAUAGAGAUAGCUGAAGAAAAUCUUCCUAAACCAGCCAGCGACCUGGAAGCUGGGAAGCCUCUCCCAUUCAUCUACGGAGAUCCACCCCCUGAACUUCUCAACACCCCAUUGGAGGAGCUGGAUCCCUUCUACCAACCACAGAAGACGUUCAUUGUGCUCAGUAAAGGAAACAUCAUCUACAGGUUUAAUGCCGAGCCAGCCUGUUACCUGCUGAGUCCUUUCAACCCACUCAGGAUCAUCGCCAUUAAGAUCCUCAUUCACUCUUUAUUCAGUUUGUUCAUCAUGGUAACGAUUCUGACAAACUGUGCGUUCAUGACGAUGAGCGACCCUCCAGCAUGGAGCAAGACUGUGGAAUAUGUGUUUACAUUCAUCUACACAUUUGAGGCAACCAUUAAAAUUGUUUCUAGAGGAUUCUGUGUUGGAGGUUUCACCUUCCUCAAAGACCCCUGGAACUGGCUGGACUUCAUGGUCAUCAGCAUGGCAUACUUGACAGAGUUUGUAGAUUUGGGAAACGUUUCUGUUUUGAGGACAUUCAGAGUUCUUCGAGCUCUGAAGACCAUCACAGUCAUCCCUGGUCUGAAAACAAUUGUUGGAGCGCUCAUCCAAUCAGUGAAGAAGCUGGCUGAUGUCAUGAUCCUGACGAUAUUUUGCCUCAGUGUCUUCGCUCUGAUUGGUCUACAGCUUUUCAUGGGAAACCUGCGGCAAAAAUGUGUCCUGAUGCAUCCACUUUUACUUAGCAAUGACACAUCUGACAAUGACCUUCACCGUAGCAACGACACCAACACCAACAAUACAGGCAGUUAUUUUGAUUUCUACAAGCACAUCAACAACCCAGAAAACUACUACUACUUGCCUGGCCAACUUGAUGCUCUUCUGUGCGGCAACAGCUCAGAUGCUGGGGUCUGUCCGGAGGGUUACCUUUGUCUGAAGGCAGGGGGAAACCCAAACUACGGAUACACCAGCUACGACACAUUUGGUUGGGCUUUCCUGGCUCUGUUCAGACUGAUGACCCAGGACUUCUGGGAAAAUCUCUUCCAACUGACCCUGCGAGCAGCAGGUAAAACCUACAUGAUCUUCUUUGUGGUCGUCAUCUUCCUCGGCUCAUUCUACCUCAUUAACCUGAUCCUGGCUGUGGUUGCCAUGGCAUACGCUGAGCAGAAUGAAGCCACUAUUGCUGAAGUCAAACAGAAGGAGGAAGAGUAUGCUGAGAUCCUGGAGGCACUGAAGAAGAGAGAGGAGGAGCAGGCGGCCACAAGGGCAGCACAUUUAGAGAGACAAGAUUCAGCACCACAGAUGAGGAAUUCAUCUACAGAAAUAAAGAGCCCUGAGCAAGAACACACUGCCUUUGAAGACUUUGAGGAUGACCAGAGGCCAUGUCCUCCAUGUUGGUACGCCUUUGCUGACAUCUUUCUGAAGUGGAACUGUUGUGGCUGUUGGCGAUGGCUCAAACAGUGUCUCUAUACCAUCGUCAUGGACCCGUUCGUUGACCUUGGCAUCACCAUCUGCAUCGUCCUCAACACCGUCUUCAUGGCCAUGGAGCAUUAUCCAAUGACGAAGGAGUUUGAGGACAUUCUAAGUGUUGGAAAUUUGGUUUUCACAGGCAUCUUCACAGCGGAGAUGGUCCUCAAACUUCUGGCCAUGGAUCCAUAUUUCUACUUCCAGGUGGGUUGGAACAUCUUUGACAGUAUCAUUGUCACCAUGAGUCUGCUCGAGCUGGGACUGGCUAAUGUUCAGGGCCUGUCGGUACUGCGCUCCUUCAGACUGAUGCGAGUUUUUAAGCUGGCCAAGUCAUGGCCAACCCUCAACAUGUUGAUAAAGAUCAUUGGAAAUUCUAUUGGGGCUCUGGGGAACCUGACUCUAGUUCUGGCCAUCAUCGUCUUCAUCUUCGCAGUUGUUGGAAUGCAGCUGUUUGGAAAGAACUACAAAGACUGCGUCUGUCGCAUUGCACAAGACUGUGAGCUUCCUCGCUGGCACAUGAAUGACUUCUUCCACGCUUUCCUCAUUAUCUUCAGAGUCCUUUGUGGAGAGUGGAUUGAAACCAUGUGGGACUGUAUGGAGGUCUCAGGUCAGACCAUGUGUCUGAUUGUCUUCAUGAUGGUUCUUGUCAUUGGAAACCUGGUGGUCCUGAAUCUGUUCCUGGCCUUGUUGUUGAGCUCAUUUAGCGGUGAUAAUCUUGCAGCUCCAGAAGAUGAAGGGGAAAACAACUUGCAGAUUGCCGUUAACCGGAUCAGUAGGGCUGUAGCGUGGACAAAGACCUGGAUCCUGGAACAUAUCUGGACUUUAAUGGGGAAAAGGAACUACACAAAACCUGACCACCUCGUGGUCGACAGCAAGGAAGACAACAGGACAGCAAAGGAGUUUUUGACUUUGACAUUUGUGACCUCAGACCAGACCAUGGCAGAGGUCAAGUCCCUCAGCUGUAACCAGGACAACUUGACUAGCAACUAUCACAGCAUUGCCUCCCUGAGGGUCCCCAUUGCAGAGGCAGAGUCUGAUUUUGAGACACCUGACAAUGAUGAUGAUGAUGUAGAUGAAAAGGAUGAAGAGAAGGAGGAUGAAGAAAUGCACUCUCAAUGUGAUGAGUCAUCAGUCUGCAGCACUGUGCAGAAAGUUCCUGAAGUUCAGGAGGACAAAGAUGUCGAAGAUCAUGAUGCAAACACACCUCAGGACUGCUGGAGUGACAAGUGUUAUCAACGCUGUCCAUUUCUGGACAUAGACAUGACCCAGGGCAGAGGGAAGAUCUGGACUGACUUCAGGAGAACCUGUUUCUCCAUUGUAGAACACAACUACUUUGAGACCUUCAUAAUUUUCAUGAUCUUGCUAAGCAGUGGAGCUCUGGCCUUUGAGGACAUCUACCUGGAACAGCGUCGGCUCAUAAAGACUAUUCUGGAGUAUGCAGACCAGGUGUUCACAUAUGUGUUUGUGGUGGAGAUGGUUCUCAAGUGGGUCGCCUAUGGAUUCAGGUCUUACUUCACCAAUGCCUGGUGCUGGCUGGACUUUCUCAUUGUAGACGUGUCUCUAGUGUCUCUGACAGCAAAUAUCUUGGGAUACUCUGAGCUGGGAGCCAUCAAAUCUCUGAGGACACUGAGGGCUCUGAGGCCCCUGAGGGCCCUGUCUCGCUUUGAAGGCAUGAGGGUGGUGGUGAAUGCCCUGGUUGGAGCAAUUCCAUCCAUCUUCAAUGUGCUUCUGGUGUGUCUAAUCUUCUGGCUGAUCUUCAGUAUUAUGGGAGUGAAUCUAUUUGCAGGAAAGUUUUAUUACUGUUUUAACAAGACGUCUGGUGAAAUAUUUGAUCCUCAAGAUGUCAACAACAAGACUGAGUGCUUUGCACUGAUUGAAGAAAACUUUACUGAGGUCCGCUGGAAGAAUGUUAAAGUCAACUAUGACAAUGUGGGGAUUGGCUAUUUGUCUCUGCUACAAGUGGCCACAUUUAAAGGCUGGAUGGACAUUAUGUACGCAGCUGUAGACUCCAGAGAUGAGGACUCUCAGCCGAUGUAUGAAGCCAAUCUAUACAUGUACCUGUACUUUGUCUGCUUCAUUAUUUUUGGCUCCUUCUUCACACUCAACCUCUUCAUCGGAGUCAUCAUUGACAACUUCAACCAGCAGAAAGCCAAGUUGGGAGGAACAGAUAUUUUCAUGACAGAGGAGCAAAAGAAAUAUUACAAUGCCAUGAAGAAACUGGGCUCCAAGAAACCUCAAAAACCUGUUCCACGACCUGAGAACAAGUUCCAGGGUUUGGUCUUUGAUCUAGUGACAAAACAGUUUUUUGACAUCUUCAUCAUGGUAUUGAUCUGCCUCAACAUGGUGACCAUGAUGGUGGAGACAGACGAGCAAAGCAAGGAGAAAGAAAUUAUCCUGUACUGGGUCAACGUUGUCUUCAUUGUCAUCUUCACCACAGAGUGCAUACUGAAAAUCAUCGCACUGCGGCACUAUUAUUUCUCUGUUGGCUGGAACAUCUUUGACUUUGUGGUCGUCAUCCUAUCCAUCGUAGGCCUCCUCCUAGCUGACAUCAUAGAGAAGUAUUUUGUCUCGCCCACACUCUUUCGUGUAAUCCGAUUGGCUCGUAUUGGCCGAGUCCUUCGCCUCAUCCGUGGAGCCAAGGGAAUCCGAACACUGCUGUUUGCCCUGAUGAUGUCACUUCCCGCCCUCUUUAACAUUGGCCUCCUCCUCUUUCUCAUUAUGUUCAUUUUCUCUAUCUUUGGUAUGUCUAACUUUGCUUAUGUGAAGAAGGAGGCCAUGAUCGACGAUAUGUUUAAUUUUGAGACAUUUGGGAACAGCAUGAUCUGUUUGUUUAUGAUCACUACGUCAGCGGGAUGGGACGGUCUACUGAGUCCCAUAAUGAACACACCUCCAGACUGCGACCCCAACAUAGUGAACCCAGGAACGUCAGUUCUAGGAAACUGUGGUAGCCCUGCAAUAGGCAUCAUCUUCUUCUCCACCUACAUUAUCAUGUCCUUCUUGGUGGUGGUCAACAUGUAUAUUGCCAUUAUCCUGGAGAACUUCAAUGUUGCCACAGAGGAAAGCACCGACCCACUGUGUGAGGACGAUUUUGAGAUGUUUUAUGAAACCUGGGAGAAGUUCGACCCUGACGCUUCACAGUUUAUACAGUACAGUAAAUUGUCAGAUUUCUGCGACACUCUGAAGGAUCCUCUGAGGAUUUCCAAACCAAACACCAUCAAACUGAUCCACAUGGAUUUACCUCUGGUUCCUGGAGACAAGAUCCACUGUCUGGACAUCCUGCUCGCACUUACUGCACAGGUUUUGGGUGAUUCAGGAGAGAUGGAUGCUCUCAAAGCCAGCAUGGAGGAGAAGUUCAUGGCCAACAACCCUUCCAAGGUUUCAUAUGAACCAAUCAGCAGCACUCUGCGAAGGAAACAGGAGGAGGUGGCGGCAACAGUGAUCCAACGAGCAUACAGGAAACACCUCCUGCAGCGAACGGUCAAACUGGCAUCUUAUAAAUACCGUGAGAAAACAGAGGGAAGGCAGGACAUGGAGUCCCUACCAGAGAAAGAUGGACUUCUCUGUAAACGAAUCAGUCAGCUCUAUGGAAGCAGUGCUGAAACAGACGAGUCUGUUGUAGGUGUUUCAGGAGAGGAUGCCCCCAUCCAAGUGGAGCUCCAGAGUGAGUUUGUCCUCCAUGCCGCUCCUCCCUUCAAUGCACCUGACUUCUUAAGAGACAAGAACCUGAGGGAAUCUAUUGUCUAAUGACAACUGAUGUUUCUGUCGUCUCUUCCUGUUUUCCUUCAUGUUAUGUAAACUCUCUGGUGGUGUUCCCUGUUGAAGGAUAAGUGUACUACAACUUCUGUAAAGACUCAGAUUAACAACAGAUCACAGCAGAAACUACUCAAGUUAAAGUGUGAUGAGAAAUCGCUGCAGAUCCAUAGAUGAAAUUCUGAUGAAAGUUUUGUUCAGGUGUUGAUUCUGAUUCUUCUGGCUUUGCACAUGAAAAUAUUUUUAACUUUCUGACUGAGCUUAGUCUAAACUGACAACCUAUCCAGGUAAUUAGUAACUCUUAUAUAACACUGAUUAUAUUGUUAACAGUAAUCUGUGGAUUGAACUAUCGUCUCAGACCAGGUCGUUCUUAAUCUUAGUGGUCAUUGACAAAGCAGACAAGCAAUGAGAGGGCAGCAUUUCAGCAGACGAGACCUGGUAGAAGAAAACAUUUGAUUUAUAGAAUAUACUAAACCAUAAACUAGGCGGAGGAACAGAUUUUAUAAACACUUGAGUCUUUAAACAGCCUACUCAGUCAUAAGGAGCACUAUAGCCCUGAAAAUAACCCUAGCUCCAACAAAUGAACACUGAGAACCAGCUGCAGCUGAGCUGGUGAUCACGUCAGUUGUGAGGACUGUGGAGACGUUUUAUUUCAUUUUUGUGUGGUCAACGACAGCAGCUUCCAUCUGUUUAUAUUUAUUGUGUUGGAUUCACAAGGAGGGGUUCUACUGUGUGAUGUGACAAGAAUGGACGUAUUGGGCUUUUAAAAAUUAGACCAGUUUUCAGACCAGAGAGCUUGAUGUGAUCACUGUUUAUUGAUUUAUUUAUAGAUUCUGUAGUUUUCAUUUCAUUAUACAAAUCUGUGUAUUGAUUACAUGCAUAUCAGACAUAUUGGGAUUAUCUCUAACCUUCCUGUAUCACAGCAUCAUACAUGUGGACAUUGGACAGAUUUAGACUCACUUUAAAUUUACAACAUAUCAUCAGACAUUCAGAGAGGAAUUUAUGAUGAUUUUAAUGAUACUAUAUAAAUCAUUUUCCCUUCCCAAAUGCCCCCAGCAAAGAGCUGCAGCCUACAGUAAAAAGUUCAGUGGGAGCUCCAGCAGUGACUGUGAUGACAACUAACACACUAACAAGAAAAUAAAAUACAUGGUUUAGAUUAAAACAAUGGCGGAUGAAAAAUGUCCAAAGAUGUGCUUGAGAAGUGGUUAUUUAAAAAAAAUUGAUCAUUAUUGAUUGUUUUUAUCCACAGUUCCCUCUUCUUCAUUGAGCAGAUCCUCAACUCUUUCGUUCUUUCUUAUUCCAGAUAUUUUUGUAUUGUGUACCAGUGUUAUUGUGAUCUGUGAUCAGUAAAUUUUGUUCAGCUGAAAUAUCACCUUUGGUUUUUCAUCUUUGUAUCGUUUAAGAAUUCACUUGGAGAAACUAAGUUUGUCUGUUUUUCAAAAUCUGACCUUUUUUUUUUUUGCUAAAAAACACGACAUGAGAUCGGUGGAUAAGUGUCAGUUAUUGGUCUGCUAACUGGUUGAUUGUUUGUGGAUGAUGAACAAUAGAUGUCACGAGCAGUGAAGACAAAGUAAUAAAGUUUCAAACUCUCCUGAACAUGUGUCUGCUGAUGUUCUUGAGGCUCACCUGAUUUUUGCGCCUGUAUACCAUUAUACCUGUAUGUGUGCUUGAACCACUUCUGGACACCUGCCUUUGGGAGGCUUUCUGGGCAUGUCUAACUGGGAUAAAAUGCUUACCUUAUACAUGUAUCUCUGUCAUCCACCUGCAGCAGAAGCAGCCUAACUGUACCAAUGAUACUGGUGAAAUUACUCAUGUGGCCAGACAUUAGCAGACACAACCAUGUGUUUGUUUACUUAUUUAAAAUUAGGACAUAAGUAACACAAAUUGCAUGACUGAAACCACCACCUCUGAGUCAGGCAAGAAGUGGAACCAUCAAUCAAACAAGAGAGCAGGGUUUCUCCGUGGUCCAGUUGGUGCAGUCUGGUCUGAUCUGUAACUCUUAAAAUAAUAUUUGAUAUAUAAUCUUUUCCAAUGAUUCUUUGUUACUCGACUCCAGCUGCUCGACUGCAGUUGGUGUAUUCUUCAUUUCUUUCAUGUUUCACCUUGAUGUCCCAGUUUGUGUUGCUCAUGGCCACAUGCUCCUGGAACACGGAGGCCACGUCCUGUCCAGGUCAGAGGUGAUGGUUCCACUUCCUGUGUGGUUCAGAAGGGAUGGCUCUACUUCCUGCAGGUGUCGUCGGAUCUAAAUCGCCAAAAUUCACAGAGAAAGACAGCUGCCAACAGAAGUGACAUUACUGAGGAUUACAUCACACACACCAAAUACACAGUGAGUUUCUUGUCUUAAUCGGGUGUUUCAUCUCAGCCAAAUACAACUAAACUCUGA